UACUCACUAAAUGAUUAUAAGCCACCCAUUUCUAAAGCUAAAAUGACACAGAUCACCAAGGCAGCAAUCAAGGCUAUAAAGUUCUACAAGCACGUUGUACAGAGUGUUGAGAAAUUCAUUCAAAAGUGCAAACCAGAAUACAAGGUACCUGGUCUGUAUGUCAUUGACUCUAUUGUAAGACAGUCCCGGCAUCAGUUUGGGCAAGAAAAGGAUGUAUUUGCUCCAAGAUUCAGCAAUAACAUCAUCAGCACUUUCCAGAACUUGUACCGUUGUCCUGGGGAUGACAAGAGUAAAAUUGUUAGAGUGCUAAAUUUGUGGCAGAAGAAUAAUGUGUUCAAGAGUGAAAUUAUUCAGCCUCUCUUGGAUAUGGCAGGGGGGAAUGUGACUCCUGUCUUGCCCAGUACUACAGCUGCUAUGAGCAACAAUACACCAGGAACACCUGUGACUCCAGUUACUCCAGCCAAUGUGGUGCAGAGUUUACCUGAUCCUUGGGUAUCUCAGAUUGCUAAUACAGAUACCCUUGCUGCUGUUGCACAGAUUUUACAGAGUCCUCAAGGCCAACAGCUUCAGCAGUUGAUACAGACACUGCAGAUACAGCAGCAGAAACCUCAGCCUUCACUACUUCAAGCCCUGGAUGCUGGUCUUGUCGUUCAGUUGCAGGCCCUCACAGCACAACUUACAGCUGCAGCUGCUGCUGCUAACACACUUAAUCCACUGGAACAGAGUGUCUCUUUUAAUAAGAAGCUGAUGGACAGGUUUGACUUUGGGGAAGAAUCUGAACAAAAUGAAGAGCCUAAAAAGGAAACUCCCACUUCCCAACUGCCUUUAGUACCAGAAUCUGUGAACAACUCACUUUUUCACCAACUAGCUGAACAGCUACAGCAACAAAAUUUAGAACAUCUCAGACAACAGCUUCUGGAGCAACAGCAGCCUCAAAAGGCAAGCCCUGAGGAGAAUCAAGAAGGAAAUUUUGGUUCAGAGCACUCUGCCUCACCAUCACAAGGGAGUAGUCAGCAGCAGUUUUUAGAAGUGGAAACAAAUGUGGAUGAUUCAAUGGAUAUUCAACAACAGGACAUGGAUAUAGAUGAAGGACAGGAUGUUGCCGAAGAAGAGAUUUUUGAACAAGAAGAAAAGAAAUCAACUGUUCGUUCAAGAUCAAGAACUCGUUCAAGAUCUCGUUCAAGGUCACCAAGAAAACGAAGGUCUAGAUCACGGUCUGGUUCUCGUAAGCGUAAACACAGAAAACGUUCACGCUCAAGAUCCAGAGAAAGGAAGAGAAAGUCGUCUCGGUCAUAUUCCAGUGAAAGAAGGGCUAGGGAAAGGGAAAAAGAACGUCAGAAAAAAGGAUUGCCUCCUAUACGGUCAAAAACACUAAGUGUUUGCAGUACCACUCUUUGGGUAGGUCAAGUAGACAAGAAGGCUACACAGCAAGAUUUAACUAACUUGUUUGAAGAAUUUGGACAAAUAGAGUCUAUUAAUAUGAUUCCCCCAAGAGGUUGUGCUUAUGUCUGUAUGGUUCAUAGACAAGAUGCAUAUCGUGCUCUUCAGAAACUUAGUUCUGGGUCCUAUAAAAUUGGGUCUAAAAUUAUUAAGAUUGCCUGGGCUUUGAAUAAAGGUGUGAAAACAGAAUACAAGCAAUUCUGGGAUGUGGAUCUGGGAGUUUCAUAUAUUCCUUGGGAGAAAGUAAAAUUGGAUGAUUUGGAGGGCUUUGCUGAAGGUGGCAUGAUUGACCAGGAGACAGUAAAUACAGAAUGGGAAACAGCCAGAAGCUCAGAAGCUGCUAAAGAAAAUAUUCAAACUACGCAGAGUGCUGCAGUUGAUAAGAGUACAGUUAUUACAACACAGACAGAAGCUUACACGCAACCAGUCACUAUGCUGCAGAUUCCAGUAGCUCCAGCUGUGCCUGCUGUUAGCUUGGUUCCACCUGCGUUUCCUGUCACAAUGUCUGUCCCUCCUCCUGGUUAUAGUGCAAUUCCUCCUCCACCCUUCUUGCGAGCCAGUUUCAACCCUUCACAGCCACCUCCAGGUUAUAUGCCUCCCCCAGUUCCACCUGUUGUCCCACCGCCUGUUGUCCCGCCACCUGUUGUCCCACCGGUUGUUCCAACACCUUUAGUACAGCCUCCAUUACCAAUUGCACAAGAGACGAUGAAGGAUGUUCCUUUUACUAGCCUUGUUCUGCCAGUUGGCACAGUUACUAGCAACCUGGCUACUCCAACGUUAUCUGCUGGAAGUGGUUUUAAUCCUCUGCCAAUCAACAAACCAGAAUCAGAUGAAAAGGGAUCACAUCUUACAGACCUGCAGAUUUCUUCCAGUGAAAACAGUAGAUCUGUGCAAAAUGAUGUCUCAAGUAGCUCUGGACUUGUUGGAGGAGUGCAGCCACCUAGCGUCUCAAGCAGUUCUGGGCUUACUGGAGAAGGGCAACCACCCAGUGUCUCAAGUAGCUCUGGACUUGCAGGGGGAGUACAGCCACCCAGUGUUUCAAGCAGCUCUGGACUUGUAGGAGGAGUGCAACCACCAACUGUUUCCAGCAGUUCUGGUCUUGCCGGAGGAGUGCAGCUACCCACUGUCUCCAGUAGCUCUUCUCUUGCUGGCGGGGUUCAGCCAACCAGCGUCUCAAGUAGCUCUGGACUUAUGGCUGGAGUGCAACCACCAAAUGUCUCAAGUAGCUCAGGGCUUCUAGCUGGAGUGCAUCCACCCAGUGUCUCAAGCAGCCCUGGCCUUCUGACAGGAAUGCAGCCACCCAAUGUCUCAAGCAGCUCAGGAGUUCUGGCAGGAGUACAGCCACCAAGUGUCUCAAGCAACUCUGGGCUUCUCAUAAUGCCACCACCCAAUGUUUCAAGUAGUUCUGGACUUAUGGGAGUGCCACCACCAAAUAUUUCAAGUAGUUCUGGACUUCUGGCAAUGCAGCAUCCAGCUGGAGUUCAAAAUAUGCCUCAUUUAAAUAUUAGUAGUCAAAGGAUGCCGGGAAUGCCUCUCAUAGAUAUCCGUCCAGGCCUAAUGCCCCAUUCGCCUGGACCAAGGUUUCCACUACCAUCUCUUCACCCACCACCUCGAGGUCCUUUUCCUCCAGGAGAUAUUUUUAAUCAAACAGAAAGACCUUUCGGAACACCAGGAAGACAAAAUAUCGAUAGCAUUUCUAAUCCAGAGAAAAGACUACCACUCGGAGGCGAUAACAUGCAGCAGGAAGGAGACAGAGAUUAUCGCUUUCCUCCAGUGGAAAACCGAGAUAAUCUUAACAGACCAUCUCCGGUGGAUGUUAGAGAUUCUGUUGGACGACCACCUGUUGAUCCAAGAGAGGGUAUAGGAAGGCCUCCAGUAGAUGGAAGAGAACACUUUGCAAGAUCACAUGUAGACAUGAGAGAAAAUUUUGGAAGACCAGGUAUAGAUAACCUUGGUCGAAGAGAGCAUUUUGGUUUCAAUUCAGACAAGCACUGGGGACAGAGAGGAGAUUAUGAUGAAAGAGAGCACCAUGCUUUCCCUAUUUAUGGUGGCCCUAAAGGCUUCCAUGAAGACAGAGAGAGGUUUCGGCAUGUAAACUAUAGGUUUGAUAGUAGAAGUGGUCCCAGUUGGAAUAGGGGAUUUGAACAAGAUGCUCACAGAGAUUUUGAUGACCGCAGAAGACCCUGGGAAAGACAGAGGGAUAGGGAUGACAGAGAUUUUAAUUUUUGCAGAGAAAUUAAUGGGAACAGGUUUGGAAGAGACAGAAUGUCAAACAACUGGAUCCCCCCUCCACAUCCACGGGUUUUUGAAUAUUUUGAUGGGGCCACUUCCCAACGCAAAGCCGAUAAUAUGCCCCAGGUAAACGGUGAAAAUACAGAGACAGAAAGUCAGCCACCAACUGCACAGGUGCAGGACGAUCCAGAACUUUAUGAAAAACUGACAUCUUCCGUCGAGAUAAACAAAGAGAAGAGUGACACAGAAGCUGAUAUAGAAAGUGAACCAGUGGUAGAAAGCACAGAAACUGAGGGGACAUAAUCAUCACUCAGUAGGUAAAAGAUACCUUUUGUAAAGUUGUCAUCUCUCUGUAAUAGAUAAAUGGCUGACUGGACCGUUAGCAGUUCACUUUUGUCUGCCAGAAUUAAGUUAAUCUGAUGUUCAUGUUCAUCUUUCACUUAAAUAACUGUACAACUGACUUGUAUAGAACACUGUUCUUAAUUUGGACAUGGUAGGUAAACUUUUUUUUUAUUUCUCUGGUAAAGCAUAAACUUGCCCCCACUUGCUUUUAAUUUCACAAAGAUAAAAUAACAGCUUGUCAAACAAAGACUUCCUAUGGAAGAAAAUGGAAUUUUUUUAGAUACUACCCUUAGGCUGGCUAUCGAAAUUGUUAUACUUGAAAACAGGUGCUGGUGUAUCUUGUCCGUGUUUUUAGGCUGCUGCAGAAUUUUAAAGUAUAGACAAAGCUGUGAUAUCUUAUGUUCCUAUAAUUCGGCAGAAAAAGAAAUGGCCCAUGUUAUUUAAGGAGCAUAACACAGAGAUUAAAAGUGAUUUUGUAAAAUCUACACUAUAGUCUCUGUUUUCUCUAAAGUAAGUGUUUGUGAUUUGUUCCUCGUACUGCAGUGGGUUUAAAAAAAAUGAAAAAGUACAUUUUAAUGUUGGGUGCAUUUUGUUUUUAGAUGCCAAUAAAGCAUAUUUGUUUGAUAACAGUGUUCUAGGUAUUGUAUUUUUUUAAAAACCUGCAAGCUCUAAAACUUGGAAUCAGCUAUGAUAUGUGCUUAGCUAGUUGUUGCAAAAGUUUUAUAUUACUUUUGUAAGACCAAUGCAACAGUUAUAUGUGCAAGAAGCAUAUGGUUUUUGCAUCGAAAAUCAUGCAGUCAUAUUAGUUUAUGUAAAUAACAUGUCUGUAAAUAUUUGUGUAAACUGUUUGUAGAUACCACUUUUUCUGUGCG